AUGUAUGAGGAAGUGCCUAUCGAACUCUCACAUGGAAGUUGGAAUAAGUCGGAAGAAGAUCUUGUAGGGGUUGCAUCUGGAAUUCUCGAUAUAAUAGAAAGUGUUUGGAGGAAUCCAGCGUUUGGGGAGAAGUUCGCAAAAUCUCAAAACGAAAGGACAUAUGUAACGGAUAUUAUAGUCCCUGUAGUGAAAGCUUCAUUUAAAAAACCACCAAUAAAGAGUUUCGCCUUCGUUAGCACAGCGGAACGACAGAGUAUAGCAAGUAAAGAUCGAAGGGGGAAGACUGGCAAGCGCCCCGAUAUUAUGUUCAUGGUAAAACGUGGGAGAAAAAUCUAUGAAUUAAUGUUUGCCGAAUGCUCUCGUCUUUUUUGUGAUAAAGAGAAGGAAGAAAAUGAUUGGGUGAAGUUAUGGAGACAAAUGAACGAUGGUAUGUAUUGGGUGCAUAAAGGUUGCAAGCCAAAAAAAGACGAGUUCGGAAUUAUUGGGAUACAAGUUGCUGGACAAAAGCUUCACCUGUACGUUCUCAUUCGGGAUGGAGAUGGGGUAGAUAAGCUUUUUAGACUACAUUCGGUGGAUAUCCCGAUACAAUUCACAGAUAGAGAUACUGUAUAUAAUUUUGUGGAGGCGUUGUUGCUAUUACGGAAAAUCCUAAUCGUUAACCUAUCUUUAUUAUUAAAUGCGGAUCGUGGUUUACAUGGAGAUAAAGAAGAUAGUUCGACAGUAUCAUCUCCCCCAUAUGACGAUUAG